AUGAACGUGAAUCCACAUUUAUACACAUCGUCACCACAGAUUGCUCAGAUGCAGUUGCUACAGAGGCAACAGCUACUACAGGAGCAGGGCACUCCGUUGUCGCAACAACAGCACUUGACAAAUGGGGCGGGAUUGAGUGCUAAUCCAGUAUUACAACAAUUACAGCUUCAGCAGAUGCAACAACAGCAGCAACAGCAACAACAACAACAACAACAACAGCAGCAGCAGCAGCAGCAACAACAGCAACAGCAACAGCAUCAACAACAAAAACAACAACCAGUCCCCAUAAUUAAGGAUGUUUGGGCUCAUAACCUCGAGUACGAGUUUAACAACUUGCGCAAGUUUAUUAAUGACAAGAGUACGACGAUAUACGCUGCAAUACAUCAAGAGACACCCGGAAUUGUUGCAAGGGCAAUUGGGUCUUUCAAAACAAGCACCGACUAUCAUUUUCAAACAAUAAGGUGUAACUCUGACUUGUUGAAUCUAAUACAAUUUAGCAUCUGUUUUAGUAAAGGGGGAGGAAAUCCAGUGAUUUGGCAGUUUAAUUUUGCAUACGAUUUGACCAAGGAGAUGUAUAGUGAGGAGCAUUUGGCCAUGUUGGCACAACAGUCGUCCAUUAAUUUUCAAGCACACAUGUCUCGCGGGAUAAAGCAUUUUGAGUUUGCUGAGUUGUUGAUUGAUAGUGGGUUGCUAUUGGACAAUUCCAUCAAUUGGGUAUCCUAUCACGCUGGAUAUGACUUGGGGUUUCUUGUAAGUUUGCUAAUGAAUGAUAGUCUUCCUGUGGAUGAGGAAGAGUUCCACUGGUGGUGUGAUAAAUACUUCCCCAAUUUUUACGAUUUGAAAUACAUUGGUAAUCAGGUUUUAGGGUCCGAUGAGAAAAUGAAUAAGCCAUCCAUUGAGUACUUGGCAGAAGAGUUGCAUUUAUUGCCUAUAUCCCCUGCCAUUCGUCAACUUUUUGGCAAUGCAGGCCAACCUCUGCAACAUCCCACAUCAACUUUACAUGCUUAUUUAUCAAUGGAAUGUUUUAAAGAGUUGUUGAGACAAUCGGUGGACCCAAAGAGGUUCAAGGGGUAUAUAUGGGGGUUAGGAAAGGAAUAA